AACCUGCUGCAGUGCGACAGCAGUGACGAGUCAGCAGACACCGACAGAAUCAACCAAAACUGCUUUUAUUUAUCCAAGUUACUUUGGGACUUGACCGCUGAGUUUGCAUUUUGAGAGCGCAGCCUGUCGACAACAUUUUUUUUUACCGUGCUACUGGGCUUAAACAUUUACAAAAGGUUCAGCUGGGUUAGCUCAUACGCUAGCUGAUUGAAGCUAAUGCUGCUUUCAAGGACUAUCGGACAUGUUUCGCUGUUAGGGCGCUUAAAGGAAAUAGUACUUUGACAUAAGAUGCAAUACUCGUGGUCCACUUCCUCUAUCUUGUACAGAAUUGACCGUAUAGCUACUUAACUCAACAAACUUGACAAAACUUGCCCAUGUCGAAGAAACUGAGCAAAUUGUUUCUGUGGGUGCAUAACUUUGCAAUUUAUCCUGACAAUGCAACAUGGUGUAACUCGACUUAUUUAAAGCAAACGACAGUAGCCACCACUAACUGAGCAAUAAUAUGCAGCUGACUGGUGGUCUUGACCCUGUAUAGUCUGUGGUCGUGACGCUGCAUGUGUGGCUUGUGAUUAGGAGUUUAAGGAGGAGUACCUGAAGGCAGCAGAUCCAUCCCACAAAGUUAGCUAGCAUUAGCAAUAGCUGCAGUUAGCCGGUAGGAGAGGACCGCAGCAUCAGCAUCAUCCAUACACAAUGACAUAAAACAGGUACCAGCUUUGCUCACUGUACGAGACGACGGGGAGGAAUAUCUCUGACACCAGAUAAAAAUGAGCCGGUUCUGCUCGGACAACAACAAUUUUCCCUAUGACAAUAACGUCCUGGUUUUGGACAUGGUGCUGGGCUCUCUGUGGGGGGUGCCCCAGCCCAUAAACUGGGACAAUGUAGCCAAGCUAGUUCCAGGAUUCACUCCCAAGGAGUGUGCCCGUCGAUUUGAGGAGCUGAAGAGCACUGGGGGUUUUCCCCAUGUGGACAACCAAUGUAAUGCCCUGACAGAAGGAAGCACCUCCCCUUCAGACGGCCUGACUACGCUGCUGGACACUGGGGAGGUGGUGGAGACAGGAAGCAGCCAGAGCAGCAGCAAAGUUACAGGCUCCAAAUCGACGCCCUCAGGAAGAGUUGGUGUUGUGGAGAAGAAAGAGAGAAGAGUCUCAGCCGAGGAGGAUGACAAACCUCAGAAGCCAAGAGAUCCCAACAUGGUGAUCCAUGUGUGUGAUGAGACCAAGAACCUGAAGCAGGACUUCACGUGUCCCAGAGAUCUUCUAGUCAAAGAGAUGCGUUACUUUGCUGAGUACCUGUCUGUGGACCCCCAGAGGUGGGAGGAGGUGGACAUCUCCGUUCACUGUGACGUGCAGAUCUUCGAUUGGCUCAUGAACUACGUCAGGAGGAAUUCUGCAGGAGAGGGAAACAAGGACAAACCCCGUCUUGAGCCCAGCAAUGUGAUCUCAAUCCUGAUCUCCUCCGAGUUCUUGAAGAUGGAUACGUUAGUGGAGGAGUGCAUCCAAUACUGCCACAAACACAUGAGCGCCAUCGUGGCGACACCCUGCAACAUGAACUGCAUCAACAGCAACUUGGCAACACGCAUUGCUGAACUCUUCAACCACAAUGAGGCUGACGACAUCAGGGACAAAAAAGACAAGUUCAAAAGCAAAUUGUUUCAGAAGAAAAUAGAGCGUCUCUUUGAUGCCAACUACCAGAACAGAGAUUCACCUGGAAACGCCUCGACUCUCUACAGGUGUGGUCUGUGCCUUAAGCUGCUGACCAAAGACACAGAGAGGAAAAUUUCUUGUGUUCCUGGGAAAAUCAACAUUGAUGGUCAUGGAGAGAUCAUCUAUACACACACUAAACAGAAGAGCUGGGAUGUACAUGAAUACAUCACCAGUCUGUAUGAGGAGCUCAAGUCCUGGGUCCUGGUCUACUGGAGAAUCUGGGGUACAAUCAACUACCUCACUUGCUCCCGGUGCCAACAGGUGUUUGUGUGUGCAGAGCUGACCCAUUGCAAGUACCACCCAGACAGUGUGCUGUACCCUGGCAUGGGUACUGAGAAAGGCUGGCAUGGUGCAGGAAUCUACCCCUGCUGCAACCAGAGGGUUCUCCGCUUUGACCCCACUGGUAUGCCCAAGGGCUGUAAGAUGCGAGACCACAUAGUGAACGUACCUGAUGAAGAGAACUGCGACGAGGCAACCGCAGCCCAGACCAGAGUCCUUAAUGACCUGCUGCUGCACAGAGACGCAGUGUGUUUGUUUCACACGCCGCCUGCAGAGGGUACUGAGGAGAGUCUGUCCAGUGCAGAGAAGGUUCAGCAGGACUGUGACGUUCUCCUGGAGCCGACACUGCUCGGACCUCUGAGAGCAGACGGCAGCACUUUUUCCCUCUUGAAAAACUGGAGUCUGCAACUGAGGCAGCAGUCGCUCCUGUCAGAGGAUGAGGAGUACACCACAGGGUCAGAGGUCACCGAAGAUGAGGUGGGGGAUGAAGAGGAGCUGUCUAAGAAACAAGCUGCUAAGAAGGCCAAGAAGGCCCACAGACCCCUGAAAAAACAAAUGUCUUCUCCAAACUUCCAGCGCAAAGACAAAGCAGAGAAAUCACAGUCCAGGGACAACACACCUUUCAUAGUGAGUGUCCAGAAAAGUAAGUGGGACAGUUCUCGCUCCAUGCGAUACAACCAGGAUGCUCAGAGGGAAGAAGACCAGCGUCGCAUGGUGGAGAUCAUCGGCUACCUGACUAAGAUGAGGUUUGGAGACCAGGAACAGAGCAAAUAUAAGGACACUAAGGAGCCUACAGGAGGAAUCUACGCCAGGCUGGAAGCGCAGUUUAAGAGUGCCUCUCAAACCAGACAGACUUCGGAAAAGACACCCAGUAGAUCUAAAAUACGCUACGCUCAAAUCCGGACAACAUAAAGGAGCUGAUGGGGAAAAGGCCGCUGAGCUAUCAAAGAGACGAGUAUGAAAACUGAUGAAGAGACAUAAGAACAAAGAGGAAGAGGAGAGGUCCUUCUGCGAAAGCUCAGUACAACAAAAUAAGUUUCUACUGGCAGCUCCUCAAGCACGGCCUACACCUAUAACCCAGCUGUGGACUCUCUCCUCACCCUCACCCCUUGUCAGUCCUGUUCCCUUCCUCUGUGCUUAACUCAGGUGACUAUGUAUGCAUCACCAUCAACUGCACCCUCUGUCACUCAGCUAGCUACUUAUUUGUGCAGCUGCGGCCGGUCCUUGAAAAACAAGUUCUCCGGAUCCAGCUCAGCGUAGGAAAUUCACUUGAACUGAUCUCAGUGUGUCUUUAGGGUUUAUCUUUGGAGGUAGACAAGUUGGGGAUGAAAUGCUAGUUUAUUCUUUAUUAACGGUCAUCCGCACUGAGGAUCUGAAUUAUUUAGAUCCAGUAAACUCCACAUGUAUGGGACUGAAGAGUUUCAGAGAGAGGUAAAUGAAGCCAAAGGCAAGACGGUACUGCUUCAAAACAGCUCAUCUUGUUUCGGUUAAACUGCUGAUCACAGUACAUCAGUACAUGAAAUAAACUCUGUAUUAGCAUUCAUUGUCUUCUGUGGUGAAGCCCAGCCAUCUGGCUGAGACUGACACUACAGUUACUUUCAAGUGUCUCCCUCCCCAGUCCUGGUAGAGAUAUAUAGGUCUAUUCAUUCCUAUCUGUAUUGGAAUGUGACUGAACUGUACAACACUGGGACCAAUAAAACAUAAAUGAGACUGAACUUCAGCCAGAGCCUUAUUUGGAUUACCUUCAUGGUUUCUGCUGAUCCUAGAAUAGUCUGAAAGGGUAUUACAUCCAUUAAUAUGAAAAUAAGGCCUUUAUUUUCUCUAGAUAUUUUUAUCUUUUCUGAUGUUGCAUUGUAAAAUCUCUAAUAAUUGAUAACGUGUUUUUUAACUUAUAUUUUCUUUGUGGCAGGGCUGGUCAGAGUAGAAGAUCAACUGCCUGCUAGCUGGCUGUCACUGUACCCUCGACGCACAGGGAAGUGCAAAUUUAACACAAAUUGGCCAUUUGACCAGGAUUUCACAGCAUGGCUGAAACUGGUACAAGGCGAUCUAGGCUCUGUGUAUUUUAUGCAAAAAGUUUCUUAACUCGGCAUGAUAAAAUGCAAAACAGUGGAAUCCCACAUGCAGAGGGAGAAACACAAAAUGCCAACAAUCAUCGGGUAUUUCCCAAGUAACUGAUGUUGGUUCACUUUUUCCCCUUCAGUUUUGGUUAUAGUAAAAGUGGUCUUAAAUUUCAUUCCGAGAGGUAUGAAAAAAGUUUUUAAAAACUUAAAGGUCCAGUGUGCAGGAUUCAGGAGGAUAUACUGGCAGAAAUAGAAAAUAAUAUAAAAAGCAUGUUUUCUUUAGUGUAUAAUCAAUAAUCUGAAAAUAAGAAUCAUUAUGUUUUUGUUGACUUAGAAAGAGCUGUUGAUAUCUACAUAGGGAGCAGGUCCUUGUCUACAGUGAUCGCCGUGUUGCACCAUGUUUCUACAGUAGCCCAGAGCGGACAAACCAAACACUGGCUCUAGAUAGGUUCAUUCAGGUUUUUGCAUUGGCCACUGUAGUAAGCAGUUCCCCCAUGAUGAGAGCAUUGGAAAAGCGCAGAUUUUUUUUUUAUAUGAAACUGCUUUACUUGGCAUUUUUACUGGUUUAAAUCACUGAGUCUGUUGGUUUUGGAGAGGAUGAGUCCUUUGUGGGUGAUUCAGCUCCUGGUAAAAAAAAACCCCCAAAAAAACCUCUUGAACACUGAGGGAAUUCUAACCAGGAGAAGUUUCAGCUGGUUGCAAUCUGCAUUUCUCACCAUUAGAUUCCACUAAAUCCCCCUAAAUCUUACACACUGGACCUUAAAAUCUAACUUGCCUUAACUGUAGGAACCCUGUAUUCUGGUGACUGUCCACUGGGUGGCGGUAUAUCACCUCAGGGGAGUUACUGGGCUCUCACCGAUCAACUUUGCCCCAGUUUGACCACAACCUGUCACCCCUGCUCCAAUUUACGGCCAGAUGACAUCAAAUAAUUUAAUGAGGGUAAAACUUAAUAAAACUGUUGACGAAGUACAAUCAGUGUUUCAUUUAAAUUCAGUCCUUAAUGAACCUUUUUCUCGUGCCUAAAGGGCUUGGUUGGAACAGCGUGAGAGUCCUGGGCAGAGAGCUGGUAUGUGCCACUGGGUAGAGGGUCAGCCACCCUCUCUGUUUGAGAGGCAACGACCAGCGGGUGUACUAACCUGGCUCUUCCUGUCCAGCUUACUCACAAGGGUAUUAAUAACCCUGCCUGCCUACAGCGUGGACACAGAGCUGGGCAUGAGAAGGCGUAGAGCUGGGCUUACUUUUUUUUUUUAUCUUUUUGGGUAGGUGGUGGGUGGGCGGGGGCUACCCCAGCUGUUCCCUCUUCUCCUCGACAGCGGAUGCCGAGAAUGGCUGAAGAUCUCUGGAUCUGGGUCAGGAAGGGAGGGGGGGGGGUCCAGUUACAGCCAGACUGAAUUAUGGUCCCAGAGAGAUGGUCAGAUAUGAAAGCAUCAAAGCAAACAUAUGAAGUAGUAAUUACCAGAACAAGGAGCUGCUGACUCCACAAAAGCGUGCAAACAUGAAACUGUACCACUAAAAGGAGCAAAAGCCUUCCUCUGCAGGGGGCUGCAGCCAGAACAAGUGGCCUCCGUCCAGUUAUUGACAUAAAACACUGUAAAACCCACAGCCGACAUACGCACCUGCAACAGAUUAGCCAGAGUGAGCACUUUAUAUAUUAUACAUUCAGUGUAGAAUUAUAAGUCUCAUAUUGAGAGUCCAGCAACUUCCUCUCUGGUUGCAUCAGAGCUGACAGGUUGCAUCAGACGAGUGUUUCAACUUUCAGUGUCAGGGCGUCAUCACAACCUUUAAUGUAAUACCAGUGUGUUCACAGGGAUUAGUGCUGGGGUCAGUUUACACAGCACCAACCUUGGCCAAAGAUGUCUGCGCGGAAACACUGAUGCCACGGGAAUACUGUGUGUAUGACAGAUGACAUCCAUCACCAUCGUCAUCAUCAUCAUCAGCUACCUUUCCUUUUAGGAUUUAUGGGUGUGUUUACGAGGAGUGGGUUUGAGCCCAGGUCAGAACAGCUCAGAUGUGAGCCUGGUUUGAGAGUUGUCACUGGACUGGGAGCAGGACUGUUCUGCACAUGGUUCAGGGUUCUUACAGCUUAAGUCAAAUUAGAUUUCAGACUCCUUAAUGCCAAUCAGAAUGAGAUUUAAGAGGGAAAAACAACACAUGAACCAAAAUAAAAUACUUAUGGUUGGGGACAAUUUUGCCAGAUAUUAAUUGUAGCAUGAAACACGACUUAUUUGUCUUGUUGCAGAGACAAGGGUAGAACAGAACAGAACGGGGAAAUACCUGGUGUUUGUUGGCAUUUGUGCUUCUCACUUUGCAUGUGGGAUUCCACUACAUUGACACAACACAGUGGAGUUUAAAAACGUUUUGCAUGAAAUACACCAAGCCUCACGUGCAUGCUGUGAAAUCUUGGUUAGCCUAUUUCCAUUGAAUUAACACUUCCAAAUGUCACCAAGGGCACAGUGGCAGCCAGCUGACAGACAGUGGAUCAAUGGACAAUAUGAGUAUCGUUGGUUCUGCUAUCCUGAUCUGUAUAAGAUUAAUGCAACGUCAUAGAGAAAAUGAAUUCAUAGACUCCUACUUUACAUGUUUUAGCAUUUUUUAGACAUCUUAACAUCAAUUAUUUUUAGAGGCUGUCCAAACUUUUUUGAAUGGAGCCAGAUUGUGAAAUAAACUGUUGCCAGC